AUGUCUGAUCAAGUUCCAAUUGAAAAUCAACAAGAAGUGCCCGAAGAUGCCCAAAUGGAAGAAUCACAACCAAGUGAACAUCCUUCCCCUGAAGUUAACAUAAUAGUCAAUGGUGAUGAGGAUAUUACUGCAAGAAUGCAAGAAAUGGAAAGAGAAGCACAACGAUUAAGAGAGCUUAAUGCCCAACUAAGUCAAGAAACUGCGGGAACAGAAGCGGGUCAUCCAACUGAUGAAGAAAAGAGAGAUGUUGAUUCUAGAUCUAUUUAUAUUGGUAAUGUAGAUUAUGCAUCUACUCCAUUAGAAUUACAACAACACUUUUCUGGUGCUGGCGUUGUUAAUAGAGUUACUAUUUUAAUGAAUAAAUUUACUGGACAACCUAAAGGAUUUGCGUAUUUAGAAUUUGCCGAUACAGAUUCGGUUGAUAAAGCCGUUGCAACCCUUGAUGGUUCUAUGUUUAGAGAACGUCAACUUAAAGUGAGUGCCAAGAGAACUAAUAUACCUGGAAUCAGUAUUCCUCGUGGUGGGUUCAGAGGUGGUAGAGGUGGUAGAGGUGGCAGAGGAUCAUUUAGAGGUGGGCCACGAGGUAGAGGAAGAGGUAGAGGAGGUUUCCGGGGAGGUCCAAGAUUCACACCGUAUUAG